CGCACCGGCGUGUGCUAGUCACGCCCAGCGCCGCUUUAGGUUUCUGAAAGUGUCAAUACAUACACUCUUGGGGUCUCUCCCUGGAUGCGGGCAGCGGGGUGGGGAUUUCCGCUGCUUCUUUAGUGGAGUUAGCUCAGAGACAUUGGGAAAAGCCCACUGACUGACCAUUGCUUGAACUUGUCAGUGUUCGGUGGCAGUGUGGUAGGCGUUCAGUACCCUGUCAUUGCCUGUGUCCUUCAGAGUUCAGGAGCUAAUGACGUCAUGACACCCAUGUGCAGACAACAUGCCAGGGGUCGAAGGAUUUCACUUAGGGUCACACAGCAGAAAACGGUUGUUUCGGAGGAUACUCUCCUUUUCCAAACUGAGAUGUACUUUAACCCUCGGAAUCUACAUUGUGACCCUCAGAAGAUCCCUUUGGAGUGUUCUGCCUCUAGGAAAUCAGUGUGGCUUACACCAGUUUCUACAGAAAAUGAAAUAAAAUUGGACCCCAGUCCCUUUAUUGCUGACUUUGAGACAACACCGGAAGAACUAGGCUUACUAAGUCCGGAAGGAGGAAUGGAACAUUGGAACUGACAUCAUGAAUUUUGUUGGAAAAACCUUUUUGUAUUAAAAAAAAGUUGGUAUAAAUCUUUUUUUAGAUAUCUUCUCCCUAAAAAUCCCU